UGUGGAUUAAAGCCCUAGCCGAGAUACCCUUCGCAUCGGUAUCCGAUGCAGAGAGAUGGCUGUUUGUAUCCUGGGUUUUCCAACACGAUGCGAUUUUCGAAAGCUCUUCUAAAUACCUACAGCUCAGAUACAGAACGAAAUUGACAACCAUCCAAUUCCCAUUUCUCUCUAGUGUACGAGGUAAGUUCACAUCGAGACCUAGUUCACCUUUUCCAUUAUAUGCUCGGGAGUUAAUUUAAAUCCAGAUGCGAUCAAUUUGUCACGAGAGAAUGCAAUUGAAAGCGUUAUUGAGUGCAUGCAUGACCACUUAUCGAGGCUACAGAGUAGCACAAUUCAAUGUUCUUACGAAUGUGAUUGCAUGCUACUUGGGGCAUUAACGAAACAAAUGUCUCAAAUGCAGAUACUCUCCCCAAGACCAAAGUCAGAGUAUCCAGGGAUGUCCUUUAUUGGAUUGGCCAGCGAAUGCCGCAAAAUGGAGUAUCCUCAAUGGUACGGCCAAAGGAGCAAGAGAGCUCAUAGUUGCGGCUUAUCGUCAAGUUUGGCUCCCCUACUGGAAAGUCUGGAAAGCUCCUUGACUGGUCUAGAUAUCUCAUCAUUUGUUCAGCUUCGAAGACUUGGAGACCCCAAAUAAUCAAUUACUUCUUCUAUAUCUUUGCUACUUUCAGUUUACCAGAAUAUAUUCGUGGAAGAGAACAAACUUACAUAUUUGCAAGGCUUGGGACUUUCUCUCAGACCAAGUAAUGGAAUUAUCUUCGGUGGGCCAUUGUUUUACAUUUGGAAUAAGUUGUUUAAGGUUGAU